AGGACAGAUGAGCUGGUUUCCAGACCAGUCCCGACAGCCCCGAACCUCAAGAAAAGCGAGGAUGAUUACUCUAGCUCGGAAAGUGCUUUGUCAGUACUGCUGAAGGUCUCCAUGUUUCAAAGCACACAAGCCUAUCAGUGGCCUGACCCUGAACAUUUCAUCUCUGUGUGUUCCCAGCAGGGGCCUCGCGAGGCCGUUUCUAAGGGCCCUUCAGUUCUAAGGCACAAGAGGGGGCCACCAGUGGGUGAGACCCCCACACCCAUCCCCAGCCUGAAUCACUAGGAUUCUGUAGAGAGAAACAUCCGGGGUUUGACUUGCUUAAGAACCAUGGGAUGGCCCCAGCCAUGCAGGGAAGGAGCCGGGUGUCCCCCGUGAGAGACCAGCCUGAGGUCCCCCACUCCCCUCGUAUUCAGUGUAGCAGCACCAUGCCCUUUGGGCCCCCAGAGAGGAAGGACCAGAGUGAGCUGAGCCCCUGACAACGCCCCCUGCCCCGUGCCAUGGUUUCAGCACUGGUGGGUGCUGACUAGGAGUCAGACCCAUCCCUCUGCCAUCUCCCCGGACAUCAGAGAACCCACAUCCUCGAGAGAGGAGGCCCGGGAGAGGAGCAGCGGCUCUUCAGGGGGGCCAGAGCCCUCGGACCUCUGAGAGGGGGCUUGAGGAGGAGGGAGUGCAAUCCAGACAGGACCUGGAGCUGGGCCACGCAGGGCCAGGUUUGGGGAAAGCUGAUUGGCCAGAGCACCGUGUCUGAAGGGAAACAAGGCUGGAAAGGCCGACUGGAACCCGAUCGGGAAGGGCCUUCCAUGCCAUUUCCUUUCCCUGCUCCUAAGUCCCUUUCGGCCUGGUCUCCUGGCCAUCGGCCAACAGGCCGAUGGCUUUUAACUGUUAUCCCAUGUCCGUCCGUAGCCUGUAAGUGAAGGCACAGAACUAGAAUGGAGAAUGUCAGCUAAAAAUAUACUAUCAACAAGCAUUUAUUAAGCACCUAGUCUAUAAGCACUGAGGAUACAGAAAAAGGGCAAAAACCCAUCAUCGCUCGCCCUCGAAGAGCUCACGUUCUGAUGACAACAAAUCAAUUAUCAGAUGCACAAAGGGCCCCGAAGGAAGGCAGCCCGAGAGGGGAAGGAUCAGCGGGCCAGGGCACGGGGAGAAGCCUCCUGCAGAAGGCGAGGCUGGAGUUGAGUCUUGAAGGAAACUAGGAGGCCUGGGUGAGGAAGGAGGUAUCCCAGGCAGGGGGGACAGCCCGUGCAAAGGCAAGGAGGUGGGAAAUGCAGCAAGAAAGCUGUGGGAGCUGGAUGGCUGCGGAUGCAGGAGGAGUAUGUGGACAGGUAGGAGAAUGUGUAAGGUUAGAAAGGAAAGAAAGACUAGUCAUGAAGCAUUUUAAAGGUCCUUGGCUCAGAAGACUUCUGUGUUGGAAGGCCACUGGGCCUUGGACUUUGAUCCACAUGGGCUGGCUCUGGGUCCUCCCUCUGCCCAAGAAUAUGAGCUGGGGGCUGGGGGGGUGGAUUAAAGAGAGCCUUCUUUGAAUGGGUCAGCCGUUGAUAUAUAAAGGAAGUGACCUGUCCAGCCCCAGAGGCAGCAGCUGUGUCUGCAGAAAGCCUCUGCAGAGUCAGCCACUCUCCUCCUCCCCAGCCCCCAUGACGAGCAGAGCCCGGGGCUGAACCAGUGGGUCAAGGCUGAAGAAUGGUGUGAGUUUAUGUGAAACCAGGUCACUUUGGAUGAGUUUUGCGCUUGCCCUCGGUCCCUGCUCGGAGAGCUCACGGGCUGGGAGAGAUGGGGUGCCCCUGCCAGCCUGGGCACCGAGAAAGAGCCGUAGAUGAUACAUCGGCCCUAUGGGAGUUGCAAAAAAGAGCCCUGGAAGUGCUCAGCAACAAAUACGGGCGAUGCUACAGGGGGUGGGAGCGAGGGCAGAGUCCGGGGCUUAUCAGGAUUCUGCCUGUGAGUCAUCAGUGGGCUGUCAGAGCCAAGAAAGCAAAGGUUGGCUGGGAGGAGGAGGGACUCUCCCCUCCGGCCAGGCGGCAGGUGUUCCGCCCUGGGCACCCCAGAGAAGGGGGGGCACGCCCGAAGGGAGGGGCACCAGGGGGUGCUUUCUCCUGGAACAGGUGUCUCAGCUGAAGGGACGGCGGUGUCUGGCCUGGAGAAGAGGAGGCUGGGGAAGGAGGGGAAGCCCUGAGAGAGGCCCUGGAGAGCUUUCGUGGAGAGGGGGAUGUUCUGUUCUCCCGGCCCCAGAGCUAGAACUGAAAGCAGAACUUCCCCAUGCAGAGCGCUCUCUCCAAAGUGGACAGAUGGCGGUUCCUCCCCCGGGGUCUCCCAGCAGAAGCUCGGGGAGGCUGCAUUAUCAGGUGUCCUAGGACCAGGGGCCAUUUCUCUGGAAGGGCCUUCGUCCCUGCCGUGGCUGGUUCUGUCUCCUCUGGCCCCGCUAGACAGCACUGUCCUCGGCAAGAAAGGGGACAGCCGAUUCCUCCUCUUGGCCCCCAGAGCCGAGCAGGGCUUUGCCACGAAUUUGCUGAAUUAGCACCAUCCUGGCCAGAAAAACCGGAAAAAGCUUUUUGGGCAGAACGUCCCUCCCCCGUGCCCUGGGAAUCCCCCGGCCGGACGACGGGAUAUCCAGGAGGAAGUGUCCCACUGCCAACCCACACAAAGCACGGGGCAGCUGUGGUCAGCCAGGCCUUGGCCAGAGCUGCGCCCGCCCCCGCCCAGCCCCCGCCAUGGCUUUGUGCCUGAAGCAGGUGUUCAACAAGGACAAGACGUUCAGGCCCCGGAAGCGCUUCGAGCCGGGCACCGAGCGCUUCGAGCUCUACAAGAAGGCGCAGGCCUCCCUGAAGUCGGGCCUGGACCUGCGGGCCGUGGUGCGGCUGCCGCCCGGGGAGAGCAUCAACGACUGGCUGGCCGUGCACGUGGUGGACUUCUUCAACCGCAUCAACCUCAUCUACGGCACCAUGGGCGAGUGCUGCUCGGAGGCCAGCUGCCCCGUGAUGUCGGGCGGCCCGCGCUACGAGUACCGCUGGCAGGAUGAGCAGCAGUACCGCCGGCCCGCCAAGCUGCCCGCCCCCCGCUACAUGGCGCUGCUCAUGGACUGGAUCGAGGGGCUCAUCAACAACGAGGCCGUCUUCCCCACCCAAGUGGGAGUCCCCUUCCCCAAGAACUUCCAGCAGGUGUGCACCAAGAUCCUGACCCGCCUUUUCCGAGUCUUCGUCCACGUCUACAUCCACCAUUUUGAUGGCAUCAUCGCGAUGGGGGCCGAGGCUCACGUCAACACGUGCUACAAGCAUUUCUACUACUUUAUCCAGGAGUUCAGCCUCGUGGACCACCGGGAGCUAGAGCCACUGAGAGAAAUGACCGAGAGGAUCUGUCACUGAGCCCCCAAGCGCCCAGGGAAGAUGCUGACCUUUGGCCUGGAGUGUCCUGGACUUUGGUGGGGAAAAGGCCAUCGCCCCCAUGACUGUGGCCACGGAGAGACCCAAGCCGCUCUCCUCCUCUGGGGCCCCUCCCCGAGGCCCCCAAUUACCAGAGCUUCUUUUCUAGAGUCCACCCCCACCUUCCUGCUGGAAGGAGGUCGGGAAGGAAUCGGAAGAAAGGCCGAAAAGGGACACUUCAGAAACUGCUGGGAGGGAGGGUGUCACGAAGCUGAAGUUUCCUUCAGGAGACCCCCCUCACCUUCCCCCUGAGCCAGACAAGGCCCCAGAGCGGCCGCAGGGAGGCUGACGUUGGGUAGGAUUAGAACCAGAAAUUCUUGGGCCGGAACUAAGAGGGCCCCGAACAGCAUCCUGUGAGAUCACCUGCCUUCAAGGCUCUGUUGGUGAAAUCAAGGCAUUUAUUAAGUGCUUGUGGUGUGCCAAGGACAGAGCUGGGGGCUGAGGGUGUCUGGCUGACCGGUUCCCCUGUGUGCUUGUGUAUCCCUGUGUGACUCCCCGACCCCGUGCAUCAGAGCCGAGGGCCUCGUGCACACGGGCCAGUGAGGGAACAACAUUUCACCACUUUGGGGGCCCCCAUUCCUUCCCCAGGGAGGACCCUCAGGAUUUAGGAUUAAGAGGUAGCUCAGUGGACAACUGGGACCCUGAUCCUGACCCCCCGAAGGCCUCCCACGCAAUGCUGAUUCCUACAGGAGUCACCUCCUCCAUCCUCUGGAUCCAAGCCCUUCCUGUGACGGGUGGAGGUCCUGCUGCUCGUUCAGGGCCCGUCCCUCCCCCACCUCCAGAAGGCAUUUUUGGGGAUCAAUCACAGGCCUUGCUUGCGUGUAACGAGACCUGCUGCUGCUUUUCGGCAAGGUGGAAGCCAUCCCCCGGGAGCCCUUGCCCAAAGCCACUCUCCGGCUGUCAGGACAGCCCUCGAGAAGCUCUUUGGACUGAAGAGACCGCUCUUGGGUUCUUCCCCAAAGCUGGAGCAGAUCCAGCCUCUUCUGGCAGCCCUUCUGGGGCUCUAAGGGGGCUCUAAGCCUGAAACUGAAGGGAUACCAGUGAGAGGAACGCGCAGGAAGGAUGGAGGAUGGAGGAAGGAGGAAGGAGGAAGGAGGAAGGAUGUUGGAUGUUUCCUCCCGUGUCCUCCCUCUCAGUCAUUCCGGGCUUUCAUGCCCAUGCUUCCUUCACUCAGUGAAGACCUAGGGUCUCAAAGGAGGAGAAUGGGAGAGGUCUUUUUGGGGGGAGGGGAGAUUUGUUUUCUAUUAUAACAUGACUUUUAUAGGAAUAUUCUCAAAAUUGGGGGAUGGGAGAGAAUCCCGAGCUCCCCCCGCUGCCAUCCAACUCCAUGCUCAAACGGGUGCCACUGAAUCCUGCAGCCACUCGCCUCUGAAGCCCCCCUGCCCCCAUCUCUGAGCCAAAGCUUGCCAGGGGGGUGGGGGUGAGACAGAGGAAGCCAGCCCCUGCCCGCAGGAAGCUUCCAGCCUUCGUUUCUCAGAAUGCAGGCUCUCCUUUGCCAACUCACCUUGUCAAUUCUGAUGGAAGCUUGGCCGGGGCCAGAGCCGAGCCAUUCUGAACCAAGUGUGGGGGAGCGCCCCCCACCCCCUGAGACCUGAGCCUCAUUGACUGUUGCCAUUCCCAGGAACACUUCAUUCUGAAAGCAUGGAAGGUGUGGGGGAAAGUGAGGGAGGGGGGAGGGCAGCAAGCUACGGUCUGAGUCUGGAGGGGAUUCUGGGAAGCCUCGGCUUCUCCGCCCCCUACCUCACCCCGGCACCCAGUGAUCAAUCAGUGAUUGGAAUCUCCCUGUGCUGGGCUCACUGCUGAUCCACUGGGAAGGGGAAAUUAUUUUUUAAGUAAAGGGAAAGAGUGGAUUGUUUUUAUUUUAAACAAAGAAAAAUAAAGAAGAAAGAGGCCUUUGUCUGGCCAGAUGGGC